AUGGAUGAAUUUACGCCGGACGCUUUUUCCAACCGCGACGAGCCUGUCCCCGUGGUCCGAGCCGGCAAGCAGGACUCAACACAGUCCAAGGCGAAAAGCAACCUGGAAAAAAUAAAGGCCAGUCUUCCGAUAGCUUCACAAGCUAGCAAUGGUGCGGAGGGUGAAGCACAACCCGGGCGGUCCAUACAAGACAGGCUUUUUGCAAGACUCCUCCAGCAGGUCAUCCCUACGGAAGAGGAGGGAGAAGAUGGAGACCAUGGAGCAGACAACACCGACAAGCGCUCGUCGAAGCGACCGCCUUUCAGUCUCCCCCUCAUGACCAACAAUUUUCGUCGGUUCAAUGCCAGAAUCGGCAUCGCGUUUGUAUUUCAGGCCCGGAUGAUACGUCUCUUUAGCUGGAGGAAGCCAACUCACACUUGGUCUUUUCUGGCAAUCUACUCCUUCAUCUGCCUCAAUCCAUAUCUGUUAACCGUACUGCCGCCAGCCCUUAUACUACUAUACAUCAUGGUUCCUGCUUUUCUAGCACGUCACCCACCUCCGCCUUCCACUUCCACGCUGGGAACGACUCCUUAUUAUUCUUACGGCGGACCGGCGUUGGCACCAGCAAAAACCAUCAAGCCAGCCAGCGAAACGUCCAAAGACUUUUUCCGAAACAUGCGUGAUCUGCAAAACUCGAUGGCCGAUUUCGCAAACUUACAUGAUGCACUUGUCGCAUCCAUAUCGCCGCUUACAAACUUCUCGGAUGAAACGGUAUCGUCCACUGUAUUUUUACUCUUGACGCUGGUCACGGCGUCUUUGUUCUUAAUUGCGCAUCUUCUUCCGUGGAGCCUGAUUUUCUUCAUUGGCGGCAAUGCGACUAUUCUAGCUUCUCAUCCGGCGGUACAGAGCUUUUUAAGCCAUGAUGCUCAAACAUCGGACCAGCAGAAUGGUCACAACUCAAUCCCUAAAAGUGGCACAUCUUCCAAAUCAAGUUCGCCGCUAAGCCAAGUUCUCGGCCCUCUAGCAAAUAUUUCUCUUGAUUCUGCCCCAGAGGAGCGCGAAGUUGAGAUUUUUGAGCUACAGCACCGUUCUAUAUCGUCCUUUUCUGCAUCUUCUGAGUGGGAGACAAUAUUAUUCUCACCCAUCCCGUACGAUCCAUUGUCACCAUCUCGCAUUGCUGGGGAUCGCCCGCGGGGGUGUCGGUUCUUCGAAGAUGUACAAGCGCCGUCGGGCUGGGACUGGAAAGGAAAGAAAUGGGAACUAGAUCUCGAGUGCCGAGAAUGGGUGGUGGAGCGCAUGAUCACUGGCGUUGGAUUUGAAGUUCCGGGCAAUGGUACCUUAGGGAACAAUGGCGACGAGCAAAUAGGGGGUUGGGUAUGGGACCUGCCACAAGUAGAGACCGAGGGUUCCGUAAAUGAUGACGAUUUCAGCGCGGUGGCUUAUGGUGAUCUACCGGAAUUGAAUACCGACAAAGGGAAAGUCAAGGGAAAGGAAGAUCAAGGCCGUGACUGGGAUGAAACCAUGCAAGGCCAGAGAGCCGGUGCAUGGCGACGGCGGCGAUGGGUCCGCGUUGUGCACCGCGUUGGUGUAUCAGGGAUGGGAAAAGAAUUAUAG